GAGUGCUGUGUCUGCCCUUCUUGGCCCACCAUCUCCGGUGGGACGCUAGCAAGACGAGCGAGGACAUCGUCAUCGAAGUCUUCGAGCUGGUGCGGGAGCAGACGGGUUCGCCAGUACAGCUGGGGGUGGACGUGGUGUUGAACCCCCCGACAGUCGUCAAGGAUGUGAAGUGGCUUUGUGCUGAUGCGAGGGUGGCUUCGGCAAUGAUGGCAUCAAGCGAGGGCUUGGAGCUUCUGAGCGUGAACGAGCCAAGACUUCGGAAGCUGAUGGCAGAGGAAAUGCCUCUCGAGAAGGCCAAGGACUACCUCCAGCACAUCCACGCCAAGGGCUACACGGACGAGAUGCUCAAAAAAAUUCCGCGAACCUUCAGUACCCUGCAGGAUUUCAAGACAGUGCCGGACAAGGAGAAGGAGGACUUUUGCCAGAGGGAGAUGAAGGUGUGGAUGGAGAGAGUGAAGGAGUCCAUAGGGCAUUGCUCCCACGAAGGCAAGGAUGGAGGUCGCACGGCCGCCAAAGCCCUCUACAGCAAAGCGCUUGGCGGAGCAGUCGACUACGACGACAUUUGCCAGCGCUGCAAAGACAAGCCGAACUUCACGGCAAAUUUCGUGAGACCCAACCUCUUCACCCCCACAGACAGUGCAAAGUACAAGUUGCCAUUCGAUUGUGUAGCAGAGGCAGCGAAGGCUGUGCUCUGCCUGUGA